CCAUGGGGGAGGCGGCGGCGGUGGCGGCGGGGCUGCGGCGGUGGCGGCGGCGGCGGGGCCGAUCCUGGCUGGGCUGAGCGCCGCUUCGCCUUCCUCCUCCUCCUCCUCCUCCUCCUCCUCCUCCUCCUCCUCGCCCGGGUGGCGGCGGCGGCGGAGGAUGCGCUGCUGCUGCAGCUGCUGCUGCUGAGUCGGCGGCGGCGGCGGCGGCGGCCAUGGGCAAAGACCAGGAGCUGAUGCAGGCGGUGAAGGCGGAGGACGUGGGCGCCGUGCAGAAGCUGCUGCAGAGGCCCAGGCCCGGCAAGGCCAAACUCCUGGGAUCAACGAAGAGGGUGAAUGUUAAUUUCCAAGACACCGAUGGGUUUUCCGCCCUCCACCACGCGGCCCUCAAUGGCAACACGGAGCUUAUCUCUCUGCUCCUGGAGGCGCAGGCGGCCGUGGACAUCAAAGACAACAAAGGGAUGCGCCCGUUGCACUACGCUGCCUGGCAGGGCAAGAAGGAGCCAAUGAAGCUGGUGCUGAAGGCCGGCUCCUCCGUGAACAUCCAGUCCGACGAGGGGCAGAUCCCCUUGCACCUGGCGGCACAGCACGGACACUAUGACGUGUCAGAGAUGCUCCUUCAGCACCAAUCCAAUCCCUGCAUCCUGGACAACUCUGGCAAGACCCCACUCGACCUGGCGUGUGAGUUCGGCCGCGUCGGGGUGGUGCAGCUACUCUUGAACAGCAACAUGUGCGCAGCCUUACUGGAGCCCAAACCGGGGGACAUCACUGACCCCAACGGGACCAGCCCUUUGCACCUGGCUGCCAAGAACGGGCACAUUGACGUCAUCAGGCUUCUGCUGCAGUCCGGCAUCGACAUCAACCGGCAAACGAAGGCAGGGACGGCGCUGCACGAAGCGUCCUUGUGUGGCAAAACUGAGGUCGUGCGCCUCCUCUUGGACAGCGGGAUCAACGCCCACAUCCGCAACACCUACAGCCAGACGGCGUUGGACAUCGUCAACCAGUUCACCGCCACGCAAGCCAGCAAGGAGAUCAAGCAAAUGCUGCGAGAUGCUUCGGCCGCCCUGCAAGUCAGGGCCAUGAAGGAUUACUGCAACAACUACGACCUGACCAGCCUCAACGUCAAAGCUGGCGACAUCAUCACAGUCCUGGAGCAGCACGCAGAUGGCCGGUGGAAGGGGUGUAUCCACGACAACCGGACCGGCAACGACCGAGUGGGCUACUUUCCAUCCAGCCUGGUGGAAGCAAUCAGCAAACGCACAGGUCUCCGGAACAACGCCGGCCCCGGGCAGUUCCAAGCCAUCACGCUCCCGGUUGGUGGGGGCUCCGUGCCCAACGGCCUCUCCUGCUUCUCUUCCUCCUCCUCCUCCUCCUCCUCCACUUACCAGAUCCAUUUCCUGCCUCCACUCCCACCAUCCCCCCACCAGCCUCUUUUCAGUUCCUUUGGCUACCGCCGGCUGCCCCAUGGUGCCGUGGAAGGGCCAGCCGCCACCCCAGGUUCCCGAGGGUCCGACGCCAGCCCGUCCCACCUGUCCCCGGGCGCAUCUGCAACCACACCAGCCCCACCAGAGGAGAUUUGGGUGCUCCGGAAACCUUACGCAGGUGGCGACCGCAGCAGUGUCGGCAGCACUGGGAGCGUGGCCAGCGGCCGGAGCUCAGGGAGCGGCCAAAGCACGGGCAGUGGUAGCCAUGCCCUGCACCCCGGCUCAGAAGGGGUCAAGCUGCUGGCAACGGUCCUUUCCCAGAAGGCGUCUGUGCAAGAAUCUACCGUGGGCGACGGGCCUGCCAAGGCAUCGGAGGCGCCCGCAGGUUCUUCUCGGACACCGAGUCUGAGUGGCCCCUCGUACCCCGGCCAGCCUUAUGGGGAGCAACCGGUUAAGAAGGUGGAGCCCAUGUCGGAAGGGAAGAGCUCGGAGGCCUUGUUCCAGUGGCUCUGUAAGUUCCAGCUGCAGCUGUAUGCCUCAAACUUCAUCAACGCCGGGUAUGAUCUCCCCACUGUCAGCCGGAUGACGCCCGAGGAUCUGACAGCCAUUGGGGUCACCAAACCUGGCCACAGAAAGAAGAUUGCCUCGGAGAUCAACAAUCUCAGUAUUCCUGAGUGGCUCCCGGAAUACAAGCCAGCCAACUUGGCUCUCUGGCUCUCCAUGAUCGGCCUGGCCCAGUACUACAAAGUCUUGGUGGAGAACGGGUAUGAGAACAUCGACUUCAUCACCGACAUCACGUGGGAAGAUUUGCAAGAGAUCGGCAUCACCAAACUGGGCCACCAGAAAAAGCUGAUGUUAGCUGUGAAAAAGUUGGCUGAGAUCCAGAAGGCCGAGUACAUCAAGUACGAGUCUGGGACCCUGAAGAAGAAGGGGGCGGCCCAGUCACAGGACACGGUGGCCAUUGAGUCCCCCCAGCAGGAGACGGCUGAAUGUCAGUCCCCCAAGAUGACCACGUUCCAGGACAGUGAGUUGAGCAACGAGCUACAAGUGGCCAUGACGGGCACUGGUGAGGAAGGGGCGGAAAAGCAGGUCAAUCACGUGGGGCACUUCCGCGAAGGGGCGGCCUUCCGGCCGUCCACCCGCCUGGUUCACGAGAACAGCCUGGGUGGGCGAGCCAAGCACAUCAGCAGCUCCCAAGAACUGCUGGGGGACGGAUCCAAAGCCGCAGGUGCCGCCGUCUCCAAGAGCCAGGAGUACCUGGCAGAGGACGGCAAAGAGGGACCGGCCACCCUUCCCAAGGAAGUGCGCAGCCUCCGACACGGCCACAGCAUCAAGCGAGCGAGUGUGCCACCAGUGCCUGGCAAACCGCGGCAGUCCUUCCCCCCAUCCGGCGGGCACUACACGCCCCCGCACACGCCCACCAAGCCCCGCCCGUCCUCGCCACAGACGCUUGGCAUGCCACAUGCCACGGCCAAGGUAAAACCCACGCCCCAGUUGCUGGCACAAUCGGACCGCCCCAUGUCUCCUCGUUCGCUGCCUCAGUCCCCCACGCACCGGGGCUUCGCCUACGUCAUGCCGCAGCCUGUGGAGGGCGAUGCUCACGCGGCAGGGCCCUUGGCCCAAGCCGUGCCCGUGCUGCCCGUCUCAGUGCCCGUGCUGUGUCUGCCACCCCAGGCGGGAGAGGGCGAGGAGGAAGCCGGCCGGCCGAAGAAGAGGGCCCACAGCCUGAAUCGCUAUGCCGUGUCCGACAGCGAGCAGGAACGAGACGAGCUGCUGGUGCCGGACGCCGGUCCCUAUGCCACGGUGCAGAGGCGAGUCGGCCGCAGCCACUCGGUGCGGGCGCAGUCGGGCAACGAUAAGAAUGUCAACCGCAGCCAGUCCUUUGCUGUGCGGCCGAAGAAGAAGGGCCCCCCGCCUCCGCCCCCCAAGCGCUCCAGUUCUGCCAUCUCCAGCACCAACAUGGGCGACGACUUCACCAAGGAAGGGGAGGAGGAGGCGGAGCCCUCCCCAGAGCAGCAGCAGCAGCAGAGGCGCUCCAGUGAUUUCGGUGGGGCCAUUGACACGGGCAGCGCCGGAAGCGUCAAGAGCAUCGCAGCCAUGUUGGAAAUGUCGUCCAUUGGAGGCGGGGCCCGAAAACUGGCCAUGCAGAAGCCGCCUGGCCUUGGGAAGGGCUCCGACGGAUACUACUUGCAACCCAGUGUUGCCAUGCAUCCAGCCAGCCCGGAACACUCUCGCGUGGCCACCGUACUGGCCACCGUGAAGCACAAGGACGCCAUCGGGCUAGAUGGCGAGGUGGUGAACCGCCGGCGGACAAUCAGUGGCCCCGUCACGGGUCUAGUGGCAGCUGCCCGCCGUGAGCGGUCAGAUAGCAUCAAGUCUGACACGGCUAAAGAUGGUGGUCCCACGGAGCGUCACGCCGGAGCCUCCCCACAGAGCAGUUCCGGUGAGAACAUCCCCUUCGCCGAGGAGGGCAACCUGACCAUCAAACAGCGGCCGCGGCAGAUGGGGGUGGCGAAGGCUGAAGGCGGGGAGGCCCCGUUGCUUUCCCACCGUGACCUCACUAAGGUGGAAGCCAGCGCCACGCUGAAGAGGAGGAUCCGGGCCAAGCAGAGUCAGCAGGACGGCAUCAAGUUCCUCCUGACAGAGUCCGACACAGUCAAGAGGCGCCCAAAGUCAAGGGACAAGGAGCAGGAGCUGGCGCCACUGUCCGUGUACCAGAACGGCACCGCCACGGUCAAGCGCCGCCCAGCCUCGGACACGAGCAGCACAGACGCCUCGCGCUCUGCAGACCCGCCGGAGAAAUCGGAGCGCUCCUCAGCUCAUCUCCCUGCAGAAGGCGAGCCCAAGAGGCCGGCCAAGCCGCCAGUCUCUCCCAAGCCUGUCCUGCCCCAGAGAGCCUCUGGGCCUCCCACGCCCACCUCCAAAAAGGCCCCAAUCCCCGGCCCCGGCAGUCCAGAAGUGAAGCGAGUACACGGCACUCCACCUCCCGUCUCCCCCAAGCCCACGCCUCCCCCGACCGCCCCCAAGCCGAAGGUCCAUUCUGCCCUCCAGUCGGCAAGUGCCAGCUCCACGCCCGCGCCGUCACCUGCCAAGCAGCUGGCGCCCACCAUCAAACCUUCAAGCACACCCCCCUCGCUCUGCUCCAGCCCGGCCAAGCCCCUCUCGCCCGGUGGGGGGCCACCUCAGAUGGUGCCAGUGAAGCCGCCGCGCUCGUCCAUCGCAGGGCCUUCAGUGGAGAGCGUGAGCGCGGAGAGCGUGCAUCAGAAACUGGAGGAGACGAGCGCCUCGCUCGCAGCUGCCCUGCAGGCCGUGGAAGAGAAGAUCAAGCAGGAGGACGGGCAGGCGUCAGACUCCGCCGCAGAAUCCAAGAGCACAGUCAGCAUCCUGGACGACAUUGGCAGCAUGUUCGAUGACCUGGCCGACCAGCUGGACGCCAUGUUGGAGUGAGAGCUGGGGAGCAGCCCAGCCAACCUCAGGAUCUGCCAUGGGCGGAAGGGCACAAUCGUCCCCAUCCGUGUAUCCCUCUCCCCGGCCCCUUUGCCUCCCCGUCGUCUUUUUAGGUUUGCACAAAGAAGAUUACCUCAGGAUUGUGCGGAAACAAACGGAGAUGCUUGGGAAAGGCUUUCCACGAUGGCCAGAGUAAAACCCAACCAACGAAAGGGAAUCUCCCCUGUGUGUGUCCUUGUUUUUCUACCUGACCACCUGCUGACUUUAAGGGAUAACUGCCGGCUGGAAUUCUCCUCUGAAUUAAGCAGAAGGCCACCAUACCUCCUCCCAGCCACGGGCUUCCCUGUCACCUGAGCGCCAUCUUGUGACUCUUUCUCCAGGCCAGGUGGCAGCGGCUGACCAAUCUGCUCCGCUCUCUUUCUUGUUGAAUCGGGAAGGUGCCCCUGCUCUCUCUCCAAGACUGAAGCCCCCCUUCCGUGACAGUCCCAACCAACAAGUGAUCGGGAUGUGGCACAAAACAAGUCUGCGGUCUUGGCUGUUGGCCGCUCUCGUUUCCCACUCGGGCUGACGUUUUGUCCCGGUGACCCUCUUGCCUUUUGUGUCGGUAUUGUUCAAAGGCUGAACGCGUGCCCUGCCCGUCUCGGUUCGUGUGUUUGUCUGCCAUUAUUGGGUGGGGGGAAGCACCGGAAGAAGUGGGGCGGGAGAUGCCCAAGGGAAGCCGUCAGCCUGGGGAGGGGGCGAGCAGGGGGGGCUUUGGGGGGGCUGCAUGCUUCGUUUCUUUGUCCCAAAGGUGUUAGUCUUCUCCUGGUGACGAUGACGCUUGUGACUGUGGGAAGUUUUGUUCUGUUAACGAGUCCCAUUUGACAGAUAAGCUCCUUUUCGUUCGUUCGUUCGCCUCGUUCCUGGCAGGUGCCGUGCAGAAACUUUGGUAUGUUUGCAUGAUUGAUACGGUGUUGAAACUUGAAAAGGGGUGGGGGGCAGGGAAGAAAAAAGAAAUCCACCUGUAAGUACCCCCCCCACCCCCGGGUAGCUGUUGCAGCUGCCGCAGAAGAAUAUUUAUUCCUGGGGGUUUUGGGGGGAGGGUUGGGAGAAAGGUUAAAAUAUAACUCUGGGCAAACAGCCGUUGUAGUUCUGAGCAUGAGAGACUUUGAUUGCACUUCCUCUUUGUUUCCAAAGAGUUUGUCGCCUGAUCGGACAACGAAGCCUCCCUUGCCGACCUUCUCCCCGGGAGAACGUGCUCGCAGGCAUGGGGAGGCACCGGCAGUUGAUCCUGCCGUGAUUUGUGGAAUGUUUGGUCGCAAAACAGCACCGCUGGUGAGGUGCCAGAGGGGUUUGGCAGUCGAGGCUGUUCCUCUUGGGGUUUGGCGACUGGAGACCUCCCUCCCUCCCUCCCUCUCUCUCUCUCUCUCCACAUACUCCAAAUUGGCCCUGCCAACUCGAGUACGCUGGAACACCUUCCCCUAUAAUGUAAUCCAGACUCCAGAGUCCUCCUUGGCUGGUGUUGCCCACAUGAAGCAAGGGCCCUUGAGCUGCUCCACUGAGUGGGGCGGUGUGAGGUAGGACAGAUCUGUUGGGGGAAGACUCGCGGUGCUGUGCUGUGUGAGCCCAAGGAAAGAUAACUUCUGAAUGUGAAUAGCAGAGCAUCUUGAAGGGAACCUGCACUAUCCUCAACCAACUGCCGGCUGCUCGAGAGAGGAAACAGCAGUGGGGCUGAGCUGGCCCGCCUGUUCUGGAAGUUGUCUUGGUAAAGGGGUGCUUAUAAGCUUGAAAUUUUCUGUUGCUGUUGAGCUUUAGGAGAGAGGUUGCUUAGGGAAAGCUGGGCUCCAGGAGGCAGAACAUUUCCGCAGAACCGCUGAGCGUGUCGUGGUGGUCCACUGUUAAGGCCCUCGAUGCUGCAAGUAACCGAGCACCUGAAUUUGGAGAGGUGAUGGGAGUCCCGGCCACUCUGGGUGGGUCCAGGGGAGGCCUCGUGGCCACUUCUCAAAGGGCACAUCUAUCUCAGACAAGCACAAUCCAGGAACGAUGGAGGUGCAGCCGCUCCACUUGCAGGAGCAUCGAACAGCCCCUCUCUUCCUGGCGGGAUUUCUUGGCGGCAAGAGACCCCUCGUUUUCCCAUUAAACAGAAUUGCUCCCAUCUUGGUGGGAAUCAGUAUCUUUUUGCCACGAGAGGGCUGACAGUGUUCCGAUCAAGGAGCCAAUUCACAGCAGGGAACUUGAUUUGCUUCGUUAUGCAUCAUUCCCUGAAGGUCUCUCGUCCUGCUGCACCCUGAAUUGUUGCGGUCGCUUCUAUUCUGCUCCUUCGGUCCCAUCUCCAUCUUGGCGGUGGACUUCAUUAAGCCCGUGGCAGGUCCCUGUGGGUUUCUAGUUUGUGGGCCAGCUGCCCUGGAAAGUCCUUAUGCUUGGAGAGGCUUGUGCUGUUUUGGAGAGGUUUUCACAAGUAGGAUGUUCUUCCAGAGAGGCUACGUUAGCAUACGCUUUUACCAACCUUCUUCUGAUAGAUCUUUGUUAUGGCGGUUUUAUACCCUUAUGAGGUCAGAGGUCACGCCACAUAAUUGUGCCGAAGAGGCCUGCUGUCACCAGCACCACUUAGGUUUUUUUGCAGAUCAUCGUUCUGUUUCCCCGAUAUUCUUUGCUGUCCAAAGGGACACAGGCCUCAGGAGGCCAACUCUAGGCCAACAGUGCUGAGCAGAAGAGUCCUGGCCCCCUAGAUGUUCCUCUCUGGGCUGGCAUCACUUUGCCAGCAGCUUUGGAUCCUCGGUUGGCAUUAGCCCUUCGGAUCUUUCUGUAAAAAUGGAAACCACCACUCACGGUUCUUGGUUCUUUUUUCAUGAUCCGUCUUCCUCUUGAUCAACAACACUGCAAGCACCCAGGAUCACUUGGACAUCCAGAGAAGAGAAGAGCCCGCAUUUCUGAAUGGGAUGUCUGCCAUUCCUGCCAUAGAUAGGUCAGGCCUCGUAUGCCAGCGAAAGAGAAUGAGUCUCACGUACCUUUUCCUAGUGGCAGGCGGCCUUCAUGAACCAGUGUUCACUUGGACGUUGGCUGGUUUUAGGCCAAGUGGCGUGAUUCUAUUCCUAUCUUGCAGACGUGGGACCUGUUUGCGCCCCUCUCCCAGCCUGUGGCUCGGGGCCUCUUUUAACGCUCUAGGGUCUGCCUCCCUCCUUGUUUCUUUUUCCAUUCAUCUUAUCCUGCGUGAAAACCAAACAAACUAGGAGCCGGAAUGUUAGAAGCGCUGAUAACAGACCCUGCCUUGGUUUUGGAAGUGACACGUGUCAUGUGCUGGAAAGUACCAGCUGAAGAUCAGUAGCUCAGGAACCACCCCUGGCCUCAAGUUCUCCUCUGCCCCUGGGGUACUGUCUCCAGAAAUCACCUGGCUCCUUUAAGCCCUGGGUGUGUGCCACCAAGGUGACAGUUACGAAUCACGCCAGACGGGCAAAGGCACUUCCUUUAGGUGGCAAAUGUGGAAAACAAAAUCCACACUUUUUCUUUGGAGGGUAUAAAGGGUGGAGGAAAAUAAGCUAUAAAGUAUUAAAUUAUUUAAGAAGAAAUAUUAUACUAAUUGAUUCCCCCCCCAAUAUAAUUAGCAAAAUAAAGAAAAGGACUUUAAUAUAUAUUUAAGAAAGAGUUGAUAUUAUCAAUUGUAUAUUAAACAGUUUUAAGGAGAUUGAAUUGAAAGAACUGGAGUGUAGCCUGACCUUCAGACUUAUUCUAAUCUCUGACUGAGAUCAUCUUCAGGAGUAGCACAAAGGUGUAAAAGGUACCGUUGCUUUUGUUUUCAAGGCGUGUGAAAAUACAUUUCUGUUACAUGGGCUUUUAUGUUGGGGUUUUUUGCCACGUUCUUUUUACAGCAUUUUAACAAAAAGUAAAGGAUGUGCCUUCUUUUAUUAAUCAUUUGGUACAAUCUCAUCUCCUGCAUUUUAUUUUAUUUUGCUUUUUUUAAAUUAAAAAGGGUGUGUGUGGAUGUAAUUUUGACACACGUGCAACUUUACACACAAGAAUCCAUCUGGGCUUUUAAGUUGGGCUUUUAAGUUGGGAGUGCAAGUCGGAUUGAUACAUGUGCUCCUUUUUUCCCUUAUUUGGGGGGGGGGGGUGAGAACUGGGCGGCCACAGGUGGAGUGGAGGUUUGAGUGGUACAUUCAGCCCUUUUUUCUCCAAGAACCGAUAGACCUAUCUUUGCUGAUCUCCAACAUGUGUCUGGCACAACUACGAAAUUCCUUUAUUGAAUUUUUAAAAGUACUUUAAAAGAACAAAAAUGAAAUGACCACAUCAAUAUAUCUGUUGUAAAGAGAGAGAGAUUAAAAAAAAACCAAGCUGCAUCUGAAAAGUAUUCCAAGAUUCUUAUGCUGGAUAUAUAUGUGUAAUAUAUAUAUGAAACAUAUAUUUUUUAUUAAGUUAUGGAACCUGUAUUGUAUGUCCAUUCUCUGUCAGAGCUCUGCAUCGUGAUGCCAGCUUCCUUUUCUUGCCUCCUACAUCCCACCUACCUGUAUUGUUGUUAUUAUGAAAAACGAUAUUUGAUGGCUUUUCGUGGUGCUGUAAAGAACUUUGCUUCUAUUUAAAAGAAA